AUGUCACUUUACGAUGACCUGGGAGUUGAGACCAGCGAUUCUAAAACAGAAGGCUGGUCCAAAAAUUUCAAGCUGCUGCAGUCUCAAUUGCAGGUGAAGAAGGCAGCUCUCACGCAAGCAAAGAGUCAGAGAACAAAACAAACAACGGUCCUUGCUCCGGUGAUUGACCUGAAACGAGGCAGCUCUUCUGAUGAGAGGCAGAUUGUGGACACACCACCUCAUGUAGCAGCUGGGUUAAAGGAUCCUGUUCCUAGUGGUUUUUCUGCAGGAGAAGUCUUGAUUCCUUUGGCGGAUGAGUAUGAUCCCAUGUUCCCAAAUGACUAUGAGAAAGUGGUGAAACGUCAAAGAGAGGAACGACAGAGGCAGCGUGAGCUGGAGAGGCAAAAGGAGAUUGAAGAAAGAGAAAA